AUGGCAUCAAAUGAUGACUUUGGCUCAUAUUAUCCCUGCAAUCCUCGACCUGGGGAUCUGAUUGAAGUAUUUCGUCCAGGUUACCAGCACUGGACUUUAUAUCUGGGUGAUGGCUAUGUCAUCAACAUGGCCCCAACAGAGGACAGCUCUCCCGUUCCAUUUACAAGUGCUAAGUCUGUAUUUAGCAAAAAGGCCCUGGUACGGAUGCAGCUCUUGAAAGACGUCGUGGGGACUGACACUUACAGGAUCAAUAACAAAUAUGAUGAUGUUUACCCUCCUCUGCCGCUAGAUGAAAUCAUCUGCCUGUCAGAAUUCCUCAUUGGCCAGGAGGUGUCUUAUGACCUGCUGGUCAACAACUGCGAGCACUUUGUCACUUUGCUCCGAUAUGGAGAAGGGAUUUCAGAGCAGGCCAACCGAGCUAUUGGUGCCAUUGGGAUUGUAACCGCUGCUGCCGGUGCCUUCUCCCUCCUUGGCUUGUUCCCGAGCAAACAAAGGCAAAAACACUAUUAA